AUGUCAGCUGAAGAGGUGAAAACCGCAUCCAUGGGAGAAUCAAUGGACCAAGACGACCAAAGCAUCGCUCCAGAAACCACACCGCCCAACGGCGUCAAGAAGCGCUGGCGCAGAAAUCGUGUCGCUUGCGACGCUUGCCAUACCCGUCGCGUAAGAUGUGACCGUGCGUUUCCGUGCUCAAGAUGCGUCGCAAGCCAAACACAAUGCGAACUCACGCGAGAGAGACGCAAGAGAGGGCGGAUACCCCGUAACAACGCGGCGCGCAGAGAAAGUACUUUUGCGAACGAGGGCAAAAACGACGAUCAGAAACACUUUUCCGGAAGAAGAUCCACUGCAACACAUCAGAGAGAUUUUAUAAGCAUGGUUACAGACCCUUUGCCUACCGAACAAAUGGCGCAGCCUGUCAAUUUCCCUCGUUCCGCGCAGGCGUCGCCUGACCAUGUGCUGCACGCAUCUGCUCAUGGCAGCGGGGAACAUUUGUCUCGCCGAGAUACCAUACAGGCAUCACCUCGGGAAACUGUGGCAGGAGGAGACAGAGCGGUGGAAGAUUGGAUGUCCGGCUCAAAUGGAUUUCCGCAAGGGCCGUAUCCUUAUCCAAUGUUUGAAAACAUGGCAUUCUCGGACAGUUUUUUUGAUAAUAUUCCUUUUGGAAUGAUGGGUUUGAAUAAUUUGAAUGGGUAUCAGCUUUCAAGAUCUGUAUCGCGACAACAACGGAAGAAUGAUCAGCCAGGACGGCCAGCAGAAGCUCCUCUGAAAUAUCCGGUGCUUGCACCGCUGAUGCCCUUUCUCGAACCUUAUCUGUCCCGAAAUCUGGUUUAUGAUCUGCUAGAUCUAUACUUUACAAGUGCUUUUUCAACGGCGAUGCAUCCGGUCUGUCAUCAUAUUCACUGCUAUGUGGUCCGAAAAGCAUCUUUCCUCAGUCAUGAGAAUCCACGGAAUACCAGUCCUGCUCUCCUUGCAAGCAUGCUUUGGGUGGCUGCACUUGACGAUCGAGCUUUCUCAUUGUCAAUAUCUCCACCAAAGCGUAAGAAGCUGUGUCAAUUCUUGUGCGCGUUGACCGUGCGACUUCUACGGCCGUUGAUCCACGUCUCGUUCAAAGACGACGAAGCUUUGCCCAUCAUUGACCACGAAAACAGCUUUUCACUUGGUGGACACGAUCGUACUCGUACGUUCGAGGAGGGCGGUGAUGAUAGGGGCUUGAUUGGGCCUGCCGGAUCGUUGGAUGAUGUGAUUACGUAUAUUCAUGUAGCCUCGAUUGUGUCUGCUAGCGAACAAAAAGCAGCUAGCAUGCGAUGGUGGCAUGCAGCUUUCACAUUAGCGAGAGAGCUGCGACUAAACCAAGAAAUUGAAGCUACAUCAAAUCUCGGCAGCCCAGUGGACGGGUCUAAUCGACCGUUCGAAUUCGCCGAGGGUACCGGUUUUGGGGCAAACCACAACGGUACUAAUGGGAACUAUUUCCCUCCCAGCGGUCGAGCAAGUCUCAACUGCGUAUGCACGAGACAGCAGCAACGGCCGAAUCUAUUGACCGAGGAGAAUCUUCAACACCGAACUGGAAGUAUAAUCACAGAAGAGCAUCGAGAGGAACGUCGUCGAACAUGGUGGCUUCUAUACAUCAUGGACCGCCAUCUAGCACUAUGCUACAAUCGUCCGUUGGCUUUACUCGAUGCGGAAUGCGAUGAGCUUCUUUUACCCCUUGAAGAAGGCCCUUGGCAAGCUGGCGAUGUACACAGUAACAGCUCCAAGGCUGAUGGACCGCAAUGUCCUGUAUCGCCAGACACGAACAGGCGGCGUUGUUUCCCGAAUUUCGCAUGCAAUGACCACUCGGUGUUCGGGUUCUAUCUGCCUUUGAUGGCAAUUACAGGAGAAUUGAUAAAUCUCAACCAGGCGAAAAACCAUCCAAUGCUAGGCACCCGUCUACAAGUCAAGACUGCAUGGGACGUUCAAGUAAACGAAGUACUGCGUCAGUUGGACACGUACAAGGCGACACUACAGGCGUUUUCGGCUCAUUCCUCCACAGCAGCGGCUCCUCCAGUAGGAGGACAAUCGUCAUUAUCCACUGUACCACCAGCCGGGCAAAUGCCACCGGGAUUGGGUCAGCCGCUACAACCACUUACAGUAUCACCACCCAUACUCAAUGAAGCAGGAGGAAUCGACGACGCCAAUUAUAAAUCAUAUCACUCAUGGCACACGCAAACAGUCGUCGCAUACGCGUCUUAUGUCGUGCACGUCCUCCACAUUCUCCUAAUGGGUAAAUGGGACCCCGUCUCACUACUCGAAGACAAAGACUUCUGGACCUCAUCCCCAACAUUCGCUUCAACGAUCUCACACGCCCUCGAAGCCGCAAACGCCCUAGAACGGAUCCUCCAUUACGACCCGGACGUCAGUUUCAUGCCCUACUUCUUCGGCAUUCAACUCUUACAAGGAAGUUUCCUACUCCUUCUAAUUGUUGAACGACUACAAAAGGAAGCCGGCGAGGGAAUUUUGAAAGCCUGCGAAGUGGUAAUCAGAGCUACCGAAUCGUGUGUUGUGACGCUCAAUACGGAGUAUCAGCGUAAUUUCAGACAGGUUAUGCGUAGUGCUGUGGCGCAGGCGAGAGGCAGGCCGGUCAAUCAUAGUGAGAUUCGGCAUCGGCGAAAGGCGGUUUUGGCGUUGUAUCGGUGGACGAGGAAUGGAACUGGGUUGGCUCUAUAAUACCUACACACACAAGUUGGUAUAGGUCUUGAAUUUGUAUAUAUAAUGAAGAGAGGAACUGUGAAUUGCCAUUUGCCAUUAGUUUUACCUCUGGUCCCGGAUACACUCACUUUGACUA